AUGCUGAAACAGAGCGAGAGGAGGCGGUCUUGGGGCUACAAACCCUGGAACUCUACGGAGAGUGAGGAUGCGCUCCAUGCGGGGGGCAGCCAACACCGCAGGAGCAUCUGCUCCCUGGGAGACCGCUCUGGCUCCCAGGCUAGCAUCCAACACUGGACUGAGGGCAACUAUAACUACUACAUAGAGGAGGACGAUGAGGAGGAGGGUCAGUGGGAAGACGACCCAGCUGAGGAGGCCCAGCAGCCAGAGGAGGCUGCCACCACCCAGCCGGAGCUCUGCAAGAACCCGUCGACCCCGUCGUCCAUGCUAAACGUGAACGUGGGCGGCCACAGCUACCGCCUGGACUACCUCGAGCUGGCCUCUUACCCCAAGACGCGCCUGGGCCGCCUGGCCACCUCCACCUGCCGCAGCCGCCAGCUGGGCCUGUGCGACGACUAUGAAGCGCAGACGGACGAAUACUUCUUCGACAGAGACCCUGCGGUCUUCCAGCUAGUCUACAACUUCUACGCAUCCGGCGUGCUGCUCGUGCGCGACGAACUGUGCCCCCGCAGCUUCCUGGAGGAACUGGGCUACUGGGGCGUGCGGCUCAAGUACACGCCGCGCUGCUGCCGCAUCUGCUUCGAGGAGCGGCGCGACGAGCUCAGUGAGCAGCUCAAGAUCCAGCGCGAGCUACGCGCGCAGGCGCAGGCUGAGGAGACCGAGGAGCUCUUCCGCGACAUGCGCUUCUACGGCCCGCAGCGGCGCCGCCUCUGGAACCUCAUGGAGAAGCCUUUUUCGUCGGUAGCCGCCAAGGCCAUAGGGGUGGCCUCCAGCCUCUUCGUGCUCAUCUCCGUCGUGGCGCUGGCGCUCAACACCGUGGAGGAGAUGCGGCAACAGGCAGAGCAGGACGCGGGCGGAGGCGACCCACGGCCCAUACUGGAGCACGUGGAGAUGCUGUGCAUCGCCUUCUUCACCCUCGAGUAUCUGCUGCGCCUAGCCUCCACGCCCGACCUGCGGCGCUUCGCGCGCAGCGCCCUCAACCUGGUGGACCUGGUGGCCAUCCUGCCGCACUACCUGCAGCUGCUGCUCGAAUGCUUCACCGGCGAGGGCCAGCGGCACGGCAAGGGCUCGCCACGGGAGCACGAGCUUGAGACGAUGGACCGCGUGGGCAAGGUGGGUCAGGUGCUGCGCAUCAUGCGCCUCAUGCGUAUUUUCCGCAUCCUCAAGCUGGCGCGCCACUCCACUGGACUGCGCGCCUUCGGCUUCACGCUUCGCCAGUGCUACCAGCAGGUGGGCUGCCUGCUGCUCUUCAUCACCAUGGGCAUCUUUUCCUUCUCUGCAGCCGUCUACUCUGUGGAGCACGAUGUACCCGGCACCAACUUCACCAGCAUCCCUCACGCCUGGUGGUGGGCUGCGGUGAGCAUCUCCACAGUGGGCUAUGGAGACAUGUACCCAGAGACCCACCUGGGCAGGCUUUUUGCCUUCCUCUGCAUUGCUUUUGGGAUCAUCCUCAAUGGGAUGCCCAUCUCCAUCCUCUACAACAAGUUCUCAGAUUACUACAGUAAGCUCAAGGCAUAUGAGUACACCGCCAUACGGAAGGAGAGGGGGAAGGUGGACUUCAUGCAGAGAGCCAAGAAGAAGAUGGCUGAGUUCUUGGCUAGAAGCAAUUCACAGUCCAUCCCAAGGCAAGAGAAUUAA